AUGAAGCCAGCCAUGGAAACUGCAGCGGAGGAAAAUGCAGAACAAAGCCAAGAGAAAAAAGUGAUCACCAGACCAGAAAUGGAAAUUGGCAGGUACCACUGGAUGUACAGGAGUUCAAGGCCACACCGGUACCAUCAUGUGCCAGCAUUGAGAGGCAAUAUUAGUCCUUUGGGGAUUCCAGGUUGCUUUGAAUGUUGCAUUAAGUGCCUAGGAGGAGUGCCAUACGCUUCGCUCGUGGCAACCAUUCUCUGCUUCUCGGGGGUAGCGUUGUUUUGUGGCUGCGGCCACGUGGCACUCACGGGAACCGUGUCUAUCCUCGAGCAGCACUUCUCCACGACUGCCAGCGACCAUGCUUUGCUGAGUGAAGUAAUACAGCUAAUGCAGUACGUAAUUUAUGGCAUCGCAUCAUUUUUCUUCUUAUAUGGAAUAAUCCUUUUGGCAGAAGGUUUUUAUACAACAAGUGCUGUGAAAGAGCUGCAUGGAGAGUUCAAAACAACAGCCUGUGGCCGCUGCAUCAGUGGAAUGUUUGUUUUCCUCACCUAUGUGCUUGGAGUGGCCUGGCUUGGGGUCUUUGGCUUCUCUGCUGUGCCUGUCUUUAUGUUCUACAACAUAUGGUCAACUUGCGAAGUCAUCAAAUCUCUUCAGACAAAUGUGACGGUUCCAGGGGACCAGAUCUGCGUGGAUAUCAGGCAAUACGGUAUUAUCCCAUGGAACGCCGUACCUGGCAAAGCCUGUGGCCCGAUUUUAGAGAACAUCUGCAACACCAAUGAGUUCUACAUGUCUUACCACCUCUUCAUUGUGGCUUGUGCUGGAGCUGGUGCUACUGUCAUAGCAUUGCUGAUCUACAUGAUGGCUACUACAUAUAACUAUGCUGUUUUGAAGUUUAAGAGUCGGGAAGAUUGCUGCACUAAAUUCUAAAUUGUAUAAGCCCAGUAAAGAGCUGCAUUGCGUAGCUUGAAAUACCACUGACACCCUAGGCUAAAAGUCUAGCUCUCUGAAUUUUGUUACAGUAAUUGUAAAUAGCUUCAGUAAGCAUCAUUUAGCUUAUCAGAUUAAUAAAAUGACUUCUUGUAUAUGAACUGUGAUGUGGAUGAGAUCUGGCUAUUUUUUCCUGUCGAGAGGAUUCAGUUACUGUAAGGGUGUUUAUAAAUCAUCCUUCUAAAGGUGGGAUGUUUCCAUUCAAGUCUCCAGUUGCUUUCUAACAGUCGUCUCUAAAACAAACACUGGAACAGUUCAGGGUUGGAAUUGCUCCUUUAUUCUUCAUCCUGAACACCAGAUACAACCCCCCGAGCAUACGAAAUAUCUAUGGAACAAAAGAAAAGGAACA